AUGGCACUUGGUGCACUCUACAUUAAGAGGACCAAGAUUAUGGAUAUUUAUAGGCUCCCUGUAUGGUUGAGCUCCAUCAGGGAUAGGAAUAAUGUGGUUGAUAACUUCUUGAUCCUCUGCCUCAUGCUCCUCACGUUGUUGAACCUCUUGAGCUCUUCUCCUUUCUUCAUCAGCUUUGUGAUUUUCUUGAGAAGCACUCCUCCUCUUCAUGCUGCUGCAUUUCAAAAGCAUGUUGAUCCAGUCUCUGGAUUCUCUGAGCUUCUUGCAGCUGUAGAUGAAGAGCCUCCUGCUGCUGCAAUUGUGCCAGUCCUUGGAUCCUCUGAGCUUCUUGCUGCUGCAGGUGAAGAGCCUCCUGCUGCUGCAAUAGUGCCAGUCUCUGAAGCCUCUCAGCUUCUUGCUGCUGCAAUUGAGCCUGUCUUUGGAUCCUCUCAGCUUCUUGCCGCUGCAGGUGAAGAGCUUCCUCAUGUCGCCAUUGAGCCUCUCUAUUGA